GCCCGGCCAAUCAGAGCGGCUUUUACUGGCGGGUGGGCCGAGCCGGCCCAGCUGCUCGGAGGCUCUGGCAUGUCGGUUCCCGAUUCUGGUCCCCGGCCCCCAGCAGCGCCUGCCCCCUUCCCACCGGGGCCCCCCAUGAUGCCACCACCCUUCGAAGCUGUGUGCUUGCCUGUUAAACCCAGAGAACUCCCCAGUUACCUGUCUUUCUCAGUGAUGCCCCCUCCAGGGAUCCCCCCACCCUUUCCUCCGAUGGGGCUCCCACCCAUGAGUCAGAGACCACCAGCCAUCCCCCCCAUGCCACCUGGCAUCUUGCCCCCAAUGCUUCCACCGAUGGGGGCACCACCACCACUCACACAGAUACCAGGAAUGGUACCUCCGAUGAUGCCAGGAAUGCUGAUGCCAGCAGUGCCUGUCACUGCCGCGACGGCUCCGGGUGCGGACACCGCCAGCUCUGCUGUGGCUGGGACAGGCCCUCCGAGGGCCCUAUGGAGUGAGCAUGUGGCCCCUGAUGGGCGCAUCUACUACUACAAUGCUGAUGACAAGCAGUCCGUGUGGGAGAAGCCCAGCGUGCUCAAGUCCAAGGCGGAGCUGCUGCUGUCUCAGUGUCCCUGGAAAGAGUACAAGUCAGACACAGGCAAACCUUACUACUAUAAUAACCAGAGUCAGGAGUCCUGCUGGACCCGGCCCAAGGACCUGGAUGACCUGGAGGCUCUAGUCAAACAAGAGGCUGCAGGAAAAAUGCAACAGCCGCAGACACCACAGCCACAGCCACCUCAGCCUCAGCCUGACCCCCCACCUGUACCUCCUGGCCCCACUCCAAUGCCCAAGGGCCUCCUGGAACCUGAGCCAGGUGGGAGUGAAGAUUGUGAUGUGUCGGAGGCUGCCCAGCCCCUGGAGCAGGGGUUUCUGCAGCAGCCAGAGGAGGGCCCCAGCAGUUCUGCUGGACAGCAUCAGCUAACACAGCAAGAGGAGGAGGAAUCCAAGCCAGAACCAGAGAGGUCUGGCCUCAGUUGGAGCAACCGAGAGAAGGCAAAGCAGGCAUUCAAGGAACUGCUGAGGGACAAGGCUGUCCCCUCCAAUGCCUCAUGGGAACAGGCCAUGAAGAUGGUAGUCACAGAUCCCCGAUACAGUGCCUUGCCCAAACUAAGUGAGAAAAAGCAGGCAUUCAAUGCUUACAAGGCACAGCGGGAGAAGGAGGAGAAGGAAGAGGCCCGGCUAAGGGCCAAGGAGGCCAAGCAGACCUUACAGCAUUUCCUGGAACAGCAUGAACGCAUGACCUCCACCACCCGCUACCGGCGGGCAGAACAGACCUUUGGGGAACUGGAGGUCUGGGCUGUGGUCCCUGAGAGGGAUCGAAAAGAGGUUUAUGAUGAUGUCCUCUUCUUCCUGGCCAAGAAGGAGAAGGAACAGGCCAAGCAGCUCCGGCGCCGAAAUAUUCAGGCCCUGAAGAGCAUCCUGGAUGGAAUGAGUAGUGUCAACUUCCAGACUACAUGGUCCCAGGCACAACAAUACCUCAUGGAUAACCCCAGUUUUGCUCAGGACCAUCAGCUGCAAAACAUGGACAAGGAAGAUGCCCUGAUCUGCUUUGAAGAGCACAUCCGAGCUUUGGAGAGGGAGGAGGAGGAAGAGCGGGAACGGGCCCGACUUCGGGAACGGCGCCAGCAGCGCAAGAACCGGGAGGCUUUCCAGACCUUCCUGGACGAGCUGCACGAGACAGGGCAGCUGCACUCCAUGUCCACCUGGAUGGAGCUGUACCCAGCAGUCAGCACUGAUGUCCGCUUUGCCAACAUGCUGGGCCAGCCGGGCUCUACCCCUCUGGACUUGUUCAAGUUCUAUGUGGAAGAGUUGAAGGCACGUUUUCAUGAUGAGAAGAAGAUCAUUAAGGACAUUCUUAAGGACCGGGGCUUCUGCGUGGAGGUGAACACAGCGUUUGAAGACUUCGCCCACGUCAUAAGCUUUGACAAGAGGGCUGCUGCGCUGGACGCAGGCAACAUCAAGCUGACCUUCAAUAGUCUGCUGGAGAAGGCAGAGGCACGGGAGAGGGAGCGGGAAAAGGAGGAGGCACGAAGGAUGCGGCGCAGAGAAGCUGCCUUUCGAAGCAUGCUGAGGCAGGCCGUGCCUGCUCUGGAGCUGGGCACUGCGUGGGAAGAGGUCCGUGAGCGCUUUGUGUGCGACUCAGCCUUUGAGCAGAUCACCCUAGAGUCGGAAAGGAUCCGGCUCUUCCGGGAGUUCCUGCAGGUGCUGGAGCAGACUGAAUGCCAGCACCUCCACACCAAAGGCCGAAAGCAUGGCAGGAAGGGCAAGAAACACCAUCACAAGCGUUCCCACUCACCCUCUGGCUCCGAGUCGGAAGAGGAGGAGCUGCCCCCACCAUCCCUCCGGCCCCCCAAGCGGAGGAGGCGAAAUCUCUCAGAGUCUGCCUCUGAUCCCUCAUCCUCACUUGAUUCAGUUGAAAGUGGGGGUGUUGCCCUUGGAGGACGGGGCUCCCCAUCCUCCCACCUUCUUCUUGGAUCAGAUCAUGGCCUUCGGAAAGCCAAGAAACCAAAAAAGAAAACUAAAAAGAGAAGACACAAGUCGAACAGCCCUGAGAGUGAGACAGACCCCGAGGAGAAAGCUGGCAAGGAGAGUGAAGAGAAAGAACAAGAACAAGACAAGGAUAGGGACCUUCGGCAGGCAGAGCUCCCUAAUCGCUCCCCAGGCUUUGGAGUCAAGAAGGAGAAGGUGAGAGGCAGAGGCAGGGGCCCAGCCCCAGCCAGGCAGCACUCUGUCCAGGGGGCUUGGGUGAGCCAUGCCUCUGCUCCAACAGACAGGCUGGGACACGUCAGAAAGCGAGCUGAGUGAGGGGGAGCUAGAGAGGCGGCGGCGGACACUCCUACAGCAGCUGGAUGACCACCAGUGACCUGAUAAGCUGCUCUCUGCCUCGGGCCUGCUUGAGGUGGUGGCUUCUUGGCCACCCUUACCAUAUGCCUCAGACUCCUUCGUCUGGUCGGUGUCCACUUUUCCUAAAGUAACUCCACCCUCAGUACACCACUGUUGGCACCUGUCAAGGUUGCUCUUGGUGUUCAAGGGUUCCCCACUUCCCGGACAACUAGUGCAGUCCUUGCCCACAGCCCCAGGCCAUGUUGAAGGGGGGGCGGGUGAUACCAGUAGAUCAAGUAUGAGUAAUGGGGUCUCCAGGGAAGAGACAGGCUGGUGGACACAGCCUGGGUGGCAUAGGGCUGAGUUCUUACCCUCUAGCAUCAGUGCCUGCCCAGGGGCUUCACCACUGCUUUCUCCAGGGACCUGAUGUAUGUGUGUUUUGUUUUUGUUUUUUAAAUAACAAUAUUUAUAACAUG